ACUGCCUUAUCUGCGCGGAGUGAAGUGAGCAGUAGCCUGAAAUUAGUUUGCAUUGCUGUGUGAUUAUUUCGUAUCUCUGUUUCACGUUUGGGCGAGUUUAUUGUGAUGGUUUCACCUGUGUUAAUGACGUGUUCAAGAAGAAGUGUGCACAGUUGCGUUUACGUUUAAUGUUCGGACAUUAGUUAAUACAUCUGUUGUAUAUUUUGUGAUUCAUGACUUCGUUCCGCUGACUGCUUUGCUUUGAGAUUACGCCGUGUUGCCAAGAAUUGAGACCUAAAGAAGGUUUCACCGUUUACAAAUGGCACCAUCGAAGGGCGCAGGAUAUAAAGCAAAUGUGAUACUAAGCUGGACGACUCUACACUUUGCCGAGGAAACAGAGUCGUGGGAAAGCGUAGAGAUAUUGCUCAAUGGAGGAUCUUCAACUCGUGACCUGUUCACAACGAAAAGGAAGCUCAAAGAUCCAUUGCGGGCGCCUUCCGUUGUGAAAGAGAUAUGUCGCCGCGGGUGUUUGCAACUGCUCAGGUUCGCGCUAUCAGAGAACCCAGAUUUGGUUCACACAAAGCUGGAGAUGAGCCGCACCCUCCUUCACGUGGCAGCACAGUCUGGAUCGUCAGUGGCUGUGCGGUGCCUCCUAGACUACCCGGUCGAUGUGAAUGCCAGUGAUGGUCGGGGUGUGACCCCCUUGCAUGAAGCAGCUGCCCACUGCGAUGCCCACGUGCUGAUGCUGCUGCUCAAGGCGGGGGCCAACGCCCAGGCCAGGGAUAUUGACGGCAGAACCGCUCUUCACUAUGCAGCCAGUGGCGGCUCAGCCUCCGGUAUCCGGAUCCUCUUGGCGGAGGGCCUGACUCCAGACGUUGAGAGCGCCAACGGUUGCUCGCCACUGCACGAGGCUGCCUCUAGCUCUAACCACCACUGUGUCCAGCUGCUACUGAAUGCUGGCGCCGACUUGCACAUGACGACAAAUGCAGGCUGGACAGCGCUGCACUGGGCUGCCAACAAGGGAACCGUCCGCUCUCUAAGGAUGCUACUCGAAGCUGGUAUCCAACCAGGAGUCAGAACGCAUCAGGAUGAAACUCCGCUCCAUCUAGCAGCAGAGCGCGGGCACUCAGAUAUGGUGACACAUCUGGUGAAUUACGGAGCAGAUGUAGAAGCUUUGGACAGCGCUGGUAGGACACCAGCUAAACGAGCCUCAGACCACGUUCAGAAGCAGCAGCAGGAGGAGGCUGCGGCUGCUGCAUCCGUUAAAGCUGCUGCAGCUAAAAAGGUGGAAGAAACUAAGCAACACAGACGUCAGAGGGAAACUGGCCAGAAUUUGGCCGCACCAGCUUCUGAGGAAACCAACACUGAGCUGCAUUCUAAUGUGCCUCACUCUGAUGUUGUACAAGUAGAUGAUUCCCAGUUAUAUUACGAUGAAGUGGAGGGCAGUGAAUACAGUUUCCAAUCUGAAUCGGAAAUAAGUGGGCAGGUAUAUUCUGAUAAUGGCAGUGACUUCGAGGAGGAAAAUUAUUCAUCAGAAACUGCUUCAGUAGGAGCCCCUGCUUCCAAUAAACCACCACCUUUGCUUUCUGUAGAAACAAACAUUGGGCAGUAUGGUAAUCAAAACCGUGGACGUUACCAGAGAGGAAAAUAUCGUGGAAGAGGGCGUGGCAAUUUCAGAGGUCACAAAUCAGGUUCGAGGGGUGGUGGACCUGUACAGUCCCAGGAAGGAAAAUCAGAGCACACACCAGAAUAUAAGCUGUCCUCAGGUAAAGCACAAAAUGCUGGGUAUGUACAGCAGGGGGAACAUCGCCACCGUCAGCGCCAUCGUCAUCACCAUGCAAAGGAAGGGGAGGUCAAAAGGGAAUAUAAUAACCAAAGUAGCUCCAGUGAUAAUAGGAGAAAGGAACACUUCACAUACACAGCAGGUGAGGACACCAAAAUGAAGCAUCCUGUCAGCAAAGAUAGACAGAAACAGCCAAGUGACGAAAGAUAUGUGCCCCAGAAUACGGUUCCAAAUACUGGAACAAGAAACUCACAAAGGCGUGAGGCCUAUGGUUCCACCGACCAGAUAAAUCGUCAGGGAAAUAGAAGUGGCGGCACUUUCUUGGAUGAAUUAAGGUAUUUGCAAGAAAAACUCGCUUCUGUCGACGCUGGAACUACCCAAUCGCCGAAGCCUGUACCACCUCCAAAACCUAAACCACCUCCAAGGCCACAACUAUAAAUACUAGUAGCACAGUGGCCUUAUUUGUUAAGUGUUACGACCUUCUUGUCGAUCAUUUUCUCAUCGAAAAGCUGCAGAGUUUAUCAGAUUCUGUUUUUGGCUGUAUGAUGUAAUGUUUUGCUGAGAAUUUGAACAUAAAAUAGUUUGUAUUUAGUACAAACACUUAAGUUGUCAGGUUGUACAUGUCAGGUAACCUUUUAAUGGCCGUCUCUUUACCUCCUGUUCAAUUGCUCAUCCAGUAUUGUUGAAUCUUGCUCUGUUUCCUACUGCCCUGUUGCACAGAUUAGGUGGACGAUGCCAUCAAGAUCGCAACAUUAUUGCUUCAAUGUGUGCCUUCAGUAAGAGUUUCAAGACUGUCGUUUUUUACUGUUGUAAAUGUUAAAUAUAUUUGUGUGAUAAUAAAUUAAAUUGUUUACCAUUA